CUCACCUCCUCACUCUGCACACGCCGCGGACACAAGUGGAACUAAAACCCCCCGGAGCAGAAGCGACGAUCCCGGGACAAGACCCACGACUCCCCGCGUCACAUCCACCGACUCACCGACGCACCGACCCACCGACCGAACCACCGAACCAUCCCCACGGUCCCGUCCCCCGUGUGUCCCCCGUGUAUGUGUCCCCUGGAGCCGCUGGAGCCGCUGGAGCCGCUGGAGCCGCUGGAGUCCCGGAGCAUGUCACCGCGGGGUCCGGCAGCGCGGGGUCCGGCCCUCCUCGCGCUCCUGUGGGGUCUUCUGGUGGUGGUUUCUUCUCAGGACCUGGAGCAGACCGUGGGCUGCUCUCAGGGCAGCUGUUACCCGGCCACAGGAGACCUUCUGGUGGGACGCGAGAAGAACCUCCAGGCCUCGUCCACCUGCGGCAUGAAGAAGAAAGAGUCCUACUGCAUCGUCAGCCACCUGCAGGACGAGAAAAAAUGUUUCUUCUGCGACUCUCGGCGUCCGUACGACCCGAUCUACAACACGAUCAACCACCGCAUCGAGAACGUCAUCACCACCUUCAAACCGCACCGCAAGAGGAGCUGGUGGCAGUCAGAGAACGGUAAAUCGGACGUUUAUAUUCAGUUGGACCUGGAGGCAGAGUUUCACUUCACCCACCUCAUCAUGACCUUCAAGACGUUCCGUCCGGCCGCCAUGUUCAUCGAGCGUUCGUCGGACUUCGGUCGUUCGUGGCAGGUUUAUCGAUAUUUCGCGUUCGACUGUGAGUCCGAGUUUCCGGGCGUUUCCCAGGGUCCCCUGCUCCACGUGGACGACGUCAUCUGCGAAUCCCGGUACUCCGACAUCGAGCCGUCCACCGAGGGAGAGGUGAUUUUCCGAGUGCUUGACCCGGCGAUCCGGAUCCAGGACCCGUACAGCCCCCGGAUCCAGAACCAGCUGCGAAUCACCAACCUGAGGGUGAACUUCACGAAGCUCCACACGUUAGGAGACAACCUGCUGGACACUCGCGCCGAGAUCAAGGAGAAGUAUUACUACGCCAUGUACGAGCUCGUCGUCCGCGGCAACUGCUUCUGCUACGGCCACGCCUCCGAGUGCGCCCCCAUCCAGGGCAUCCCCGACGACAUCGAGGGCAUGGUGCACGGGCGCUGUGUGUGUAACCAUCACACCAAAGGACUCAACUGUGAACAGUGCGAUGAUUUUUACAACGACCAACCCUGGAGACCUGCCGAGGGACGCCACAGCCACGCCUGCAAGAAGUGCGAGUGUAAUGGCCACGCCUCUUCCUGUCACUUCGACAUGGCGGUGUACUUGGCCACAGGAAACAGCAGCGGAGGAGUGUGUGACCAGUGCCUCCACAACACUAUGGGGCGCCACUGUGAGAGCUGCAGACCCUUCUACUACAAGGACCCCCAGAGGGACCUGAGGGACCCACAAGUCUGCCAGCCAUGCGACUGUGACCCUGACGGCGCUCUGAACGGCGGCCUGUGUGACGGGCACACUGACCCCGCCCUCGGGCAGGUGGCGGGGCAGUGCCGCUGUAAACCGCACGUGGAGGGACCGCGGUGCGACAGGUGCAAAGCCGGGUUCUACGGUCUGAGCGCCGAGAACGCCGACGGGUGCCUGCCCUGCAGGUGCGACCCUCGGGGCAGUGUUUCUGGGCGCGCUCAGUGUGACCCGGUCAGUGGGGACUGUUUCUGCAAACGCCUGGUGACAGGGCGCAGCUGUGACCAGUGUCUGCCUGAACACUGGGCUCUGAGUCACGACCUGAACGGCUGCAGGGGCUGUGACUGCGACGUGGGCGGAGCUUUGGACAAUCAGUGCGCCCCUGACAGCGGGCAGUGCCGUUGCCGUGGGCACAUGGGCGGGCGUCAGUGUUCUGUGGUGGAGUCUGGUUUCUUCUUCAUGGCUCUGGAUCAUCUGCUGUACGAGGCCGAGGACGCCAGGCUGGGACAGGGUUGCUCGGUGGAGGUCAGGGAGCACCAGCCCGGUCGUCCCGCCUCGUGGACAGGUGUGGGUUUUGCCCGCGUGCCCGUGAGCAGCACACUGGAGUUCACCAUCGACAACAUCCCCUUCUCCAUGGAGUACGACCUGCUGCUGCGCUACGAGUCCCAGAUGCCCCGGGACUGGGAGGAGCUCAGAGUCUCUGUGAUUCGUCCUGGAGCGAUUCCCACCAGCUCCCCCUGCGGGAACACCAUCCCCGACGACGACAGGCUGCUCCUGUCACUGCCCGCCACCGCCAGGUUCAUGGUUCCGUUGAAGUCUUUGUGUUUGGAGGAAGGCGUCUCGUAUUUGCUCCGACUCGAGUUCAGACGAUAUCAGGACUUGAACAGUGUGACGGACGCGGCCGGACACUUCAUCCUCGUCGACUCGAUCGCCCUGAUGCCCCGUCACUCGUCUCUGGACAUGUUCAGUUCCGGAGACGCCGGCGCCGCGUUGAGGAAACAGUCGUACGAGCGUUACCGGUGCCACGACACGGCGCGGAGCGUGACCCGGCCCGUCAUGAGCGAAGCGUGCGCCCGCCUCAUCUCCAGCAUGUCCGCCCUCAUCAACGACGGCGCGCUGGCGUGCGAGUGCGACCCCCAGGGGGCGGUCAGCUCCGUGUGCGACGUGAGGGGCGGGCAGUGCCACUGUCGCACCAACGUGAUCGGACGACGCUGCGACCAGUGCGCGCCGGGAACCUACGGCUUCGGUCCCGGCGGCUGCCAAGCGUGCGGCUGCAGUCCGGACGGCGCCCUCUCUCCGCUCUGUGAUAAGUUCUCGGGGCAGUGCCAGUGCGGCGCCGGGGCGUUCGGGCAGCGCUGCGACCGGUGCCAGAGCGGAUACUGGGGCUUCCCCACCUGUCGACCCUGUCAGUGCAACGGCAACGCCGAGGAAUGUCACCACAGCACCGGAGCCUGCCUCAACUGCCGAGGGAACACCGGAGGAGACCACUGCGACAGAUGUGCCAGCGGUUUCUAUGGUAACCCGGUUUUGGGGACGGCGUCAGGGGGCACCUGUCGUCCGUGCCCCUGCCCCGAGGGACCCAACAGCGGGCGCCACUUCGCUGCGUCCUGUUACCAAGACGACCGCAACCGCCAGAUCAUCUGCAACUGCAAACAGGGAUACACAGGUCCUCGCUGCGACCAGUGCGCCCCCGGUCACUAUGGAAACCCGUCGUCCUCCGGGGGGCGCUGUGAGCCGUGCCAGUGCCACAACAACAUCGACAUGUCGGACCCGCUGUCGUGCGACGCCGUCACGGGGCAGUGCCUGCGCUGCCUGUACCACACCGAGGGGCGGAGCUGCGCCGUGUGCCAACGCGGUUACUACGGCGACGCCUCACGACGCAACUGCAGGAAGUGCACGUGUAACUCCCUGGGCACAGACGUCGCCUCGUGUGGUGAGGAGGGGCACUGCGGCUGUGAGCGCUCCAGCGGGCAGUGCCAGUGUCUGCCCCACGUCACCGGGUUGGCGUGUGACCACUGCGCCCACAACCACUGGAACCUGGCGAGUGGGCGCGGCUGUGAGCCGUGCCACUGCGACGCGGGCAACUCCUACAGCGCCACCUGCAACGAGUUCACGGGGCAGUGCCAGUGUCGCAGCGGCUUCGGAGGAAAGACCUGCACCGACUGUCAGGAAAACUACUGGGGCGACCCGAGGACCCAGUGCCGAGCGUGCGACUGUGAGUGGCAGGGCGUCCAGUCGUCUCAGUGUGACCGUCGGACGGGUCACUGCGUGUGUCGUCCGGGCGUGUCGGGCGUUCGCUGUGACCAAUGCGCCCGCGGAUUCUCCGGCGUCUUCCCCAACUGCGCCCCCUGUCACCAGUGCUUCGGCGACUGGGACCGCAUCGUCCAGGACUUGGCCGUCCAGACGAAGUCGCUGUCGUCUCGCGCUCACGAGCUGCAGACCACAGGACUGACGGGUCCGUACGAAAGAGCCUUCAAAGACCUGGAGCUCAAACUGUCCCAGGCUCUGAGCAUCGUCCAGGCCCGAAACCAAACCAGCGCCGCCGUCACCGUCCUCAUGGAACUCAUCGAGGAACUCAGGACUCAGAUCAGCGACACCACCGACUCUCUGAGCCGCGUGGAGGCGGAGCUUACGGUCGUCCAGGACACGAGCACGGAGGCGAGCAGCGACCUGAGCGCCCUGGAGCGAGAGGCGCGAGAACUCAACCUGACCUCAGAACAGCUCCACAGACAGAUGGACGUCCUCAAGAACUCCAACUUCCUCGGGGCGUACGACAGUAUCCGCGGUUCGUACAACAGGUCACGUGACGCCGAGACUCGGGCGGAUCGGGCCACUGUGACGAAGCCGAGCGCCGUCAGCGACUCGGCGGAGACGCGGCGCCGAGCCGAACGCCUCAUCUCUGCCAAGAAAGACGAUUUUAACCGGAAAAACGCCGCCAACAAACGCGCCCUCGGAGAACUGAGCACCAGAGCCCAGGGGCUGGACAUCAAGAAGAUCAACGAGAAGGUGUGCGGGGCCCCCGGCGACGCCCCGUGUGGGGAGGGGCCGUGCGGAGGGGCCGGUUGCCGCGACGACGAGGGAAACCGUUUCUGCGGAGGUCUGAACUGCGAGGGGGCGGUGGCCCGAGCGGAGAACGCCCUGGAACGCUCCAAACACGCCGAGAAACAGCUGCAGCACGCCAUGGGCGACGUCGAGGAACUCUUCAACAAGGUGGCGGAGGCGAAGACUCGGGCGGAGGAGGCUCGGGGAAAAGCUCAGGCCGCUCUGGACAAAGCCACCGCCACAAAACGAAACGUCGCCCAGUCCAACGACCAACUCAGAGACCUGAUCAAGGAGAUACGAGAGUUCCUCACACAGGACGGGGCGGAGCCUGAGAACAUCGAGGCCGUGGCCAAUCGCGUGCUGGAGCUGUCGAUCCCCGCCUCCACGCUGCAGAUCCGACAGCUCGCCGACGAGAUCAAAGAGCGCGUCCGCAGCCUCGCCAACGUCGACGCCAUUUUAGAGCAGACGCAGGGCGACGUGCGGCGAGCGGAGCGCCUCCUGCUGGACGCCAAGAGGGCCAGACACGACGCCGAGGGAAUCAAGACGACGGCGGAGGCGGUGAAACAGGCGCUCGCCGACGCCCAGAGCGCCCAAACGUCCGCCGAGAAAACCAUCAAGAGAGCGACAGACGACAUCCACGACACCGAGGGACGACUCACACAGAUCGCGUCGGAAGCCUCUCGCUGUGAGGAGCACCUGGUGGAGGCCGUGGGGCGUCUGGGGGCUCUGGGGCAGGAGAUCAACCUCCUGAAGACCAAACGUGCUAAGAACAGCAUGGAGGCGGCGCGCGCCGAGGAGACGGCCACCAUGGCCCGAGACAAGGCCAACGAGGCCAAGCAGAUCUUGGACGGGCAGCUCACAGAUAAAUACCACGAGGUCCAGCAGAGGGUCGACACUAAAGCCAAGGCCGUGCUGGAGGCCAAGAGGAAAGCCGAGAGUCUGAGGGAGGAGGCCAAAACGCUGCUGCAGGACGCACAGGCCAAACUCAGCCGACUCGCAGAACUGGAGCAGAACUAUGAGGAGAACCAGAAGAAGCUGGAGGGAAAAGCUCGACAACUGGACGGGUUAGAAGAUAAAAUGAAAACCAUCCUCCAGGAAAUCAACAGACAAAUCCAGAUCUACAACACCUGCCAAUAAACCGGGACUAGACCAGGACUAGACCAGGACUAGACCAGGACUAGACCGGGACUAGACCAGGACUAGACCAGGACUAGACCAGGACUGAACCGGGACUGAACCGGACUGAACCGGGACUAGAACACAGACCUACUGAUUUUUUCUAAUGCUUUAAUUUAAACUUCCAAAGACACAAAUUUAAUUUUUUUUUUAAGUCACAAAUUUAAUACAAAAAGACACAAAUUAAAUUAAAAAGUCACAAAUUUAAUACAAAAAGACACAAAUUUAAUAAAAAAGUCACAAAUUUAAUACAGAAAGACACAAAUUUAAUUAAAAAGUCACAAAUUUAAUACAAAAAGUCACAAAUUUAAUAAAAAAGUCAUUAAUUUAAUGCAAAAAGUCACAAAUUUAAUACAAAAAGACACAAAUUUAAUUAAAAAGUCACAAAUUUAAUACAAAAAGACACAAAUUUAAUUAAAAAGUCACAAAUUGAAUACAGAAAGACACAAAUUUAAAUUAAAAAAAAAGUCACAAAUUUAAUACUCAGAGACAAAAAUUUAAUAAAAAAGUCACAAAUUUAAUACAAAAAGACACAAAUUUAAUAAAAAGUCACAAAUUUAAUACAAAAAGACACAAAUUUAAUUAAAAAGUCACAAAUUUAAUACAAAAAGACACAAAUUUAAUUAAAAAGUCACAAAUUGAAUACAGAAAGACACAAAUUUAAUAAAAAAAAAAGUCACAAAUUUAAUACUGAGAGACAAAAAUUUAAUAAAAAAGUCACAAAUUUAAUACAAAAAGACAA